AAAUCUGAAUUAUGAUUAAAGAAAAAAUAUGAAUUAUGACCGUUGUUCUUUCGGCCGGAUGCGGGACCAGGCAAGCUCUGCUCGGCUGCCGCUGCCAAGGAAUUUUGGUCCCUAGCGAUUUAAAAUUUAAAACACGCUUCGCUAUGUAGCCGUUGUGAUUCUCUGGAGUACACCAAAAUCGGAGCCGCGGCCCUGGUGGACGUUGUCAAAAAAGGGAGAAAAAACAAAGGGAGGCUCUGUUGGUGACGGUUCUUGGACGGAAUCCGACCACUCUCACCUGACCCGCGAUUGGCACAAACAGAGGGCUGAAGCAGAUGAGGGGAGUGAAGGGAAGGUUUCUCAAAAGACUCAAGACCAUAAGACCCCUCGUUAUCAGGCAAGAUCGGGUGUUGCAGGUGAAAGCUGAAGACGCCUUCGACCUUUCCACGGAUUCCGCUCAUGCCGCAAAGAAUCCGUUGGUUUACGAGGGCGAAGGUGAAAGGAUUCAGAAAGCCAGCAGCUGCUGCGCCGAACUCUCGGAAGCUGAAACGGCGCCAGAGAUCAUAGACAUUUCCGAGCUCAUGAGGGACCUCGAAGAGGAAGUAGAAGCAGAAGUUGGCGAGAAGUUAAUGGCUUUUGAUUCGUCUGAUGAUAAAGAAAACAUCAGACCCGCACCCACCAGGCAGUGGCUGUUCGGUGAGAAGGAAUUCAAUGGUUCGAACAUGGUGAACUUGGAGAAUUGUCCUGCUCCUGCUACUCAAAAUGGCCGGUUGGACAGGAAGCUCGGAGAAGGCGCCCUUUCAGAGUUGAAUGCCUUUCCGCCGGUUCGACGAACGCGUCCAGGUUCCGGCAGCCUAUUCGAUCCUGAUCUUCUUGCGGCUUUUGAGAAGGCAGUCAUGAAUCAUAUUCUUAGUCAUGAGGCGGAAAAGGAGGCAUGGGCCAAGACAGCGGCAGCAGAGCAAGACCACCGAAGGGAUGCCAACGACCCAUGGUCAGAAUUCGAAGAGAGAUGCCCGCCGGGGGGACAGGACUCGGUGGUGCUCUAUACGACGACGCUAAGAGCAAUCAGGAAGACGUUUGAGGAAUGUAGUGCAGUGAGACACGUGCUUAGCAGCCUGCGGAUCUUGUUAGAUGAGAGGGAUAUCUCCAUGCAUACUCCAUUCAAGGAGGAGCUGAAAAGCCUGAUGAGAACAACCGCUGCCGUUGUGCCGCCGAGGCUGUUCAUCAAGGGCAGGUUCAUUGGCGGAGCGCAGGAGGUGCUGGGACUGCAUGAACAGGGGAAGCUGGUAGGCCUGUUGCGAGGCAUGGCGGUCAUUAGUAGGCCUGCCAGAAUCUGUGAUGGAUGUGCUGGUGUCCGCUUUGUUCUCUGCUUUGAAUGCAGCGGCAGCUGCAAACUCGCCAGCUUGGAGACGCCAGACAUGAAGAAAAGGUGCCCACACUGUAAUGAAAAUGGACUAAUUCGAUGCCCGAUUUGUCUUUGAACUUGAGGCUAUUUCGUUAAUUUAGUAAUUGGUUGUUCGUUUUCUUUCAAAAUUGAUAGUAUGUAGAGUUCAUCUCAACUCCCUCUGUGUAUUACUAUUUGGUCGGCAUUGGUGGUGUUCAUAUUUGUUAUCAAUGCCGAGCAGUUGGAUUCAUUAAAAGUCAUCAUUCAUAUUGUAA